UCCGUACCGGGACAUUUCCGGGCAUGGUUCCAAUGCUCAAAAUCCUUAUAUUUCGGCCCUCUACCUAUCCUAUCAUGGCUAUCAUUUUAGCUAAAUUCAUCGCCGCUAACACUCUGUACGUUGAGUGUAGAUAGGAAUAGAGGUGCGGAAGACGUGGUGGGGAUAUGCUUAUAUACUGUGAAUUUGAUCGAAAUCGGUGACGACGAGUUCUCAGCCUCCCCUUGCGAGUUGCUCGAUUGCUCUGAUUCUGGCAAUGAGUUGAAAUCGCGGAACGCCGCGCGCCAGCGAGAAUCGAUUGUGUGCGUGCAAAUCAUUUACAGGGACCCGUAUGCGGUAAGUGACCGACUGCAGCGCACCAAGUAGUGGGGAGGGAAAGCUCGGGCCGUCCGUGAGCCUUUGCAUGUGGUAAUCUCAUGUACGCGAGAGCGCUCUGCGUGUGCGUAAAAUCGGGCAAUUUUUGUCAGCGCCAUUUACUAGUGGGGAGGCAAAGCUCUUGUAUAGGUAUAAGGAAAAGUGCAUAAGCAUACCCCCACCACGUCUUCCGCACCUCUAUUCCUAUCUACACUCAACGAUACGUCUAUGAUUGCGCAAGCGCAUAGCCGGUGUACCCAUGUCUUCCAUCACGGUAGUGUAGAGUGGUAGCCAGUAUGACGCACUUGCGUCAGGUUCCUUGACAUGAAGCGACAUUGCGGAAAGUGCUGCUGCAGAUUUUUUGUUUCGUUGCUCGGUCAUCGAUGACAAUAUUAUUCGCCAUCAUUCGUAACGAGUUAAUCUUUUUGAUCAUUUUUAUUUGCUCGCCAAAUACGUGGUAUAUAACUGGACAUGUUGUCACCUGUGCGCAUACACAAAACAAAAGAAGCGUUUCAAAGCGAGACGUUGGAAAGUUCGCAAGGGUUAGGAGCAGACCGUCAAAACGUCUGCUUGCGACGAAAUUCCGAUGAGAUUGACAGACCGCAUAAAAACGCGAUGGUUCGACGAUGGGACGUGGUGUGCCUGAUCUUUUCGAUAGUCACUCACAUAUUUGACAUUGGUGCAGACAUUUACUUGGCUUCAAAAUACUUCGUGGAUGGCAAAAUAACCUACUUUGCUUGGACAGUUGCUUUUAUACUGUUUCCAGCUUUUGUCAAUACUUUCAUCAGUUUUAGAAUAGUUGAUCAAGACUUGCUGCUCAAUGGAAAGCGAAGAAGGAUGGCCAUGAAGACUGCUACAACCACAGUUACGUGUACAGUAGCUCACCGCAUAUUGGUAUUUCUUUUUCAACUGGCACCAUUAUUGCGAUAUUGUAACAGUCUUAGAUAUGCAUUGAAAGCGCUUAGGUAUAAAAGCAACGGGCUUGAAGCUGAACAACAACAUUAUUAUCUUAAAAUGCUCAAGGAGGAUGAAGAUGUUGCUUUACUUAGAGUUUUUGAGUGCUUCCUAGAAGCUGCGCCACAACAAAUACUUCAACUUAAUAUAUUGCUCAGAGAUGAAAAAUCAAGUUUCCAGUUGGUGCAAAUGGUUAGUGUGUGCAGUUCGUUAGUGAGCAUGGGCUGGUCAAUGGCUAGUUACCAUCGAAUGAUUCGUUUGGCUCAGCGUGACAAAGAGAACAUUGGUGUCAUUGGAACGAUCCUUCAGUUUCUGUGGCACUUCUGCAUUAUAAUGUCUCGUAUUUUAUCUAUAAGUGUUGUCGCCAGCAUGUGGCCCAUGUACACAGGCUUAGCAUGCAUCCUCCAUUGCGCUGUAAUGACUACCUGGCUCAAUAUGGAACCCAAUGGAGUUGCGGAGUUCUGCAGAGACGGAGACCAUUCUCGGCUAGCACCUUUGACUCGGUGUGAGCGCGUGAGGUCCUUUUUUUUUUCGGUAGUUUUGGGUUUUGUUUACAUAUUCACCUACCUGAAUCCUAGCGAGGGUCGUACUUUUGUUAGGCACUUGUUCUACUACGCGCUAUGCAUCAUGGAAAACGUGGGAGCCUCCAUUCUGUGGGCUAUGGAAGCAAAGCAAAAUCUCAGAAAUCGAUGGUAUUUUGAGCUGAUCACAGUUCUUUGCUGUAUACCAUUUGUUAUAGGUAUUGUAGCGAUGACUCUCUAUUAUGUGUUUUUUCAUCCAACGUCCAAGCGCAGAAGUCGCUUGGCGCCAGCUGCUGAGCCCAGUUAACGAACCGCUCAAUGUUAGAUUAAUUUUCCAUUAUUAUGUUUUGGUUAGUGUAAUUUAUCUUCCAAAAUAGCACUCACUAUUUGGCGAUCUUUUUCUUUAUAAGUCAAGCUUAUAAUCUAAAAUCAACCACAUUAUUUCUGAGUAUUAUCGAGUGAGUAGUGAAAACCAUCAUUCUGUGAUAUUCUCUUUCGGUCUCUUCUAACUACUCACCAUCAUGUCCGUUUACAGGCGAUAAUUUUCACCUCAUUACCAUCAUACAUUCUGUUGAUUGAGCAUCAAUUAUAAUUACUUUAAUGAUAUUUCAUUUGAGUCUAUCUCAGAAUCAACUCAUUGUCAGUAGUUAUUUGAGAUAAACUUCCGACAGCGUCACAGCGUCUCUCCGCCGAUUUCGUUACAACUUUGCUUAGAGCUUCAUGUUUGAAAUCUACAAUUCGUUAUUUUUGUAUUGAUAAUUCACAUCGUUCAUAUCUUCGGUUAACGAUUCAUGUUUUAUCAGUUUUGUUUUAGUUUGUAAAUCUAUUUGAAGGAAGCGCCAAAAAUUCUUUGGUGUAAGUUAAUUUCACAUAGAAAACGAGCUCUAUGCGGACUUGACAAAACCGGUGAGGGUACGGUUUCAUAAAUACAGCCGUAAUUCAGAAUAUUUUAUCAUGAAAGUAUAUCUUCCAGUCAGCAUACACACGUAUUACAAAAUUAUAAUUAGUUAAAAUUAUAUGAAUUCCAAUUUCAUUGUUAGGAGAAUUAACCGCCUGAUAGUGAGCCACCUAUUUACAGAACAGCCCUUAUAAAGCAAUGUGAAUUGGGUGUCAAUUGUAUGGCGGUCACUUGGUGUUUCUGCAUGUAAGACACCUUACUCCGUUUAGGUUAGAAAUAUGAUCAAUAUUUUGUUGAAAUUUUCGCCUAAAGUUGAUAGUUUUUAUAAGAGAAAAUGAUGGGUAUCCUUAUCGGGUAUUCUAAAGCAGUUGCCCUAGCCCUAACAGCUAAUUGACAAAGGCCGAAUAGCUUGCAUUCUGUCUGUUUUGAACAGUUUCUGUACAAAUCUGCUUUGCAAUUAUAUUCCUAAUUCGAAUUGUUCUUAUGUAGUUGCAGAAGGUAUCAAAGGUUGCAAAAAGAAUGCACGUGAACGCAUUGCUUCCAAUCAUGGUUUGCCCAUCUGGAAGUACUAGAUUGACUACACAUUAUUGCUUCCUCAACUCAAUUAUGGAUAUACUGUGAAUACUUUCAGUCUAUUUAGACUUUAGUUUGAGCUUUUGAAACGUAGGAAAAAGGGUUUUAUGGUAUACGUUGUCUCACUUUCAGGCGUACUUCUACUUUUUGAAAAUUCGUCAUCUCUAUGUGUGUAAGUAUACACUGCAUACUAUUUCAAAGAUUUAACAUCGAUUAUUUACCAUGAUUAUGAAUGAGUAGUAGUACGACAGAACUGAACUCUACUGUUUUUUCAAUCACGAAUUUUGUGUCAUAAAUUAUAAAUAUAAGUUUAUUGUAGGCACACAUAAUUUUGAUACACAAUCAAAAAAAUAACUUGAAAAAAAUAUAUUUGUAAUAAACAUUGCUUUCUACCUAAACGUUAUAAAUCAUU